AUGAACCCUGGCGUAGAGGUCCCCGUGUUGUUCUAUCCCCAGGACGUCAAGGUUCGGGCAAUGGAGAAGGCGGCCACUGCCAAGGCUCACUUCGAGACGUACUACAACGACUUGUUGCAGGAUGGUCCAUCACCUCGCUCCGCAAGGCUUGAUGGCAUAAGGUCCGUCCUAGAUAGCAACCCCAUGGUACUACCUGAAGACAGGAAGGAGCUCGAAACCGCAUUUUUUCAACAGGAAACCCAUCAUCUGCGGCAGUCCAGGGUUUUGAAGUGGGAAAGUCUUCGCGCUGCUAAUUGCCUUGUCGAUAACGGCCAAGGACCAUGCGUGAAGAACUACUCGACGCUCAAGAACUUGGGCAAGGGCAGCUUUGGCGUUGUACGCCUGGUUCGGGAAAAAGGUGAUGGAGACCUCCAGAGUGGUCAACGGCGCCAGAAGAAUGUGUACGCCAUGAAGGUCAUCAGAAAGACAGACAUGAUCCGCAGUUCACAGGAAGGCCACCUACGUGCCGAGCGGGACUUCCUUAUUGCGUCCGAAACCUCCGAAUGGUGA